AUGAAGAUUACUCAUUUAAUCUUUGCUGAUGAUCUAUUGCUCUUUGGUAAAGGAGACCUAUACUCUGUUAAGAAACUUUAUCAGUGUGUCACUGACUUUGGUAAUGUUUCUGGACUGGAAGCAAAUAAAGAGAAAUCAUCUAUUUUCUUUGGUGGGGUUGAAGAAUCUGUAAGAACAGCAAUCAAAGAUCAACUGUGUUUGACUGAAGGAUGUUUCCCUAUAAGAUACUUGGGGGUUCCUCUAGUAUGCAAAAGACUGUCUUAUGAAGACUGUAAUUCUCUCUUAAACAAGAUUACUAGUCAAAUACAAACAUGGCAAAAGCACAGGAAACUCACAUAUGCUGGCAGAUUACAAGUGAUUAAGAGCAUCAUCUUGGGAGUUCAGAUUUAUUGGACUUCAAAUUACUUAUUACCAGUCAAAGGUGGCCUUGGCAUUUUCUCUGCUUCAAUAUGGAAUCUUGCAGCUGCCUUAAAGAAUUUAUGGAAUAUUCAUGUUAAUAGGGAAUUAAUGUGGAUUAAAUGGAUUCAUGGUACCUAUCUGAAGCAAAGAGAUAUCUGGCAUGUUAAAGCAAGAUCGGGAGACUCUUGGAUGUGGAAACAAUUAAUCAAAGCAAGGGAUAAGGCUCUGAAUUUCUGUGGAGGAGUAGGAAACCUCAUUCAGUUGAUUGCUGCCUUAAAGAACUUAUGGAAUAUUCAUGUUAAUAGGGAAUUAAUGUGGAUUAAAUGGAUUCAUGGUACCUAUCUGAAGCAAAGAGAUAUUUGGCAUGUUAAAGCAAGAUCGGGGGAUUCUUGGAUGUGGAAACAAUUAAUCAAAGCAAGGGAUAAGGCUUUGAAUUUCUGUGGAGGAGUAGGAAACCUCAUUCAGUUGAUUGGUUCUUGUUAUAAGGGGGGGAAAUUGAAGUUAUCUGCACUAUACCAUGCUUUAAACCCAACCAGCAGUAAUGUCCAAUGGCACAAUACAAUAUGGGAGAGCUUAUGCUAUCCUAAACACUCAUUCAUUAGCUGGUUAACUGUCAAUAACAGAUUGAAUACCCAGGACAGACUGUUAAGAAGGGGAAUAAUAAAUACAAACCACUGCACCUUAUGUACUGAUUCUUUUCAGGAAAACAGAAGCCACCUAUUCUUUGAAUGUGCUUAUUCUAGUGAUGUAUGGAAUUGUAUAAUGGAUUGGCUUCAAUUCUCUUGGAGAUCAUGCCAUUGGGAGAUUUUGAUAAACUGGUUCAGUUCAAGAUUGAAAGGAAGAGGUAUUAAACAAAGGGUUAAGAGAAUGGCACUGUCAGCCACCAUUUAUGCAAUCUGGAAUGAGAGGAAUAUGAGAGUUUUUCAGCAAAAGAGCAGGCCAGUUGAACAUCUAGUAAAGGGUAUUAAAGUUGAUAUCAUGACAGUGCUACUAAACUCUAACAUCCCCUCUGAAAAUGAUGCCUGGAUUCUUUCAUUGUAG